CUUAACUUAUACAUGCUUCUUGUUGCACAACUGAAAUAAUAUUUUGUACCAUAGUUUGUUGUUUUAUUGUUGUUAAAAACUUGUGGUUGUGUUUAUCAAACAUGUCUUUUAGUAAAGCAAAAAUCCAAAGAUUCAACGAUGUCAAAGCAUCUAUUGCCGCUGGCAAACAAAAUGCAGAAAAACCAAAGGUUAAACCAAAACCAGUGCUUCAGCAGCCAUGUGAUAUUAAACCAGAAAAAGCCACAUCGGAUACUGCCUCCUCCCAGAGUGUGCCAUGUUUUCGUACUCCAAACUUAUUGAAGAAAAAGUUAAAACUGACUGUACCUCCUAUAGGUACAACACCAAAACCCACAACACUUUUCCCAACUGAUCCCAAUAUUGAUGCCUUAAAGGAGAAAAUUGUUGAAUGUGAAAAUAAAGAUGCAUACAUUAAGGAUCUUACACAACAGCUUGAAGAGUUUAGAGAUAUUAUCUGCAGGAUCCAAAGAGAGAACGAACAUAUACAAAACGAAAAAGAAAAACACGAAAGAAUUGUUGAAGAUUUAAGAAACAGCCAUCAACUACAUUUACAGAGUAUACAGACUGAAUUCCAUAAGAAGCUUAUAGAAACACUUUCUAUAAAAGAGAGAAUUUCAGACCAAUUGAUAGCUUUAAGGGAAGAUUUUAAAAAUUUCCAAAUGUUUUAUGAAACUAAUGUACAAGAUUUAAAAAAUCACUGCAGUGAAAUGCCAAUGUACUUCCAAAAAUAUUCAGAUCAUUACCAAAUUCUCUUUGAACAAAAAGAAGCAGCGAUGCACCACCAAGAGAACAUGGUGAAGAUGUUAGAGCGAAGUUCUAUUGAGAUGCAAAAGAAACAUUCGCUUGAAAUAGAAAAGUUGAGGAAAGAACAACAGAUUGAAAUCCAAGACUUGGAAUUUGAACUGUUAAAGACAAUGACUGAAUUACAGAAAGAGAAAGAGAAUAGUUCUAUACAAAUUAAGGAAAUGGAAGAAAUGAUGAAUAAUAAACUUCUAGAAAUGAGGGAAGUUUUUCAACAAGACAAACAGAAUAUUAUACAUAAUUCUGAACUUAAAAUAAAGGAGAUGGAAGAAACAUUAAAAUCAAACAGUAAUUGGGAAGAUCAGAUGAACGAGCAGCUCAGUCAACAAGAAAUAGUGUGGAAAAACAAACUUAACGAACAACAGAAGCAAUCAGAUGACAUUUUGAAGGAAUGCCAAACCAUAAGUGAAUACCAUAUUAUACAAUGUACAAUAGAGAAGAAUGCAGUCGUGUGUGAGUUAAAAGAAAACAUAGAGGAAUUCAAACGCGUCAAAAACAAAUAUGAAGAGUUGACUAACGAUUUUAAGAAACUGACGGCCACCUAUAAUGAGCUAAAAACAGAACUAAAACUUAAAGAACAACAAACAAAAGAAGCAAAGAAGAAGCUCCAAGCAGAAAUUGAACAAUACAGCAAAAAGUUAAAACAAACUUUAAACGAAAAGUCAGCAUAUGAGUAUACAAUAAAAAAUUCGCAAGUUACUAUUGAAGUUCUUACUAAAAGACUAAUACAUUCCGAUAAAGACGUUGAACAACUUAAAGAAGAAUUAUCUGAUUGCGAGAAGAAGCUCUUAGAGUAUGAACAGAAGAACCUUCAACUAAUUGCAGACUUGAAGCAAGCUCAAGUCUCAAAUGAAGAACUCGAAAUGCAGUUUGAGUCUACCAUCAAAAUAAACUGCAAAGACAUCGAGAAUAUGGGUAGUAAGCUUUCCAAAGAAGUCGAUGAGUACAAAAAAGAAGUUAUUAAAUACAAGCAACGUUUUACAGAUGAACAAAAACUCAACAAAGAAAUUAUGCAGCAGGUUCAUGAUGCUUAUGAUAUGAUUAAUAGGCUAAAGAUGGAGUUGGAAGAUGCUGAGACUAUCUACAGUCAAUAUAAAUUUGAGAUCCAGCAAUCCCAAAACGAACUUGAAGACUACCACAUGAGAGAAAUGGACUGGAAUAUCAUCAAAGACAAAUUAGAAUCCACUGUAAAGGAACUCGAAGAUCUUUUAUCGUCUAAAAACCAUGAAAUCACCGACUUAAAGAAAAAAGUCAGUUUACUGGAACAGAAGUCCGAUUCGAUUUUGCAGUAUUCUGAUUACUACAAACAAAAAGUGAAGGAAUUAGAGUUAGAUCAAGCUGAAACUAACAAAAUACACAAAAAGUACAUUGAGUUAUCCGGAAAGUAUGAUUGCUUAUCUUAUAAGUAUGAAGAACUUGAAAGUGAGAUCUUACAACACAAAAUGAGGCUGGUUAAUGUAUCUGAAAAGAAAGAUGAAGGCGAUUGGAAGGUUAAAUAUGAUACACAAGUGACAGUUUGUAGUGAACUGGAACAGAAAAACGCAAAGCUGGAACAAGAACUCCAAAAACGUUUGAAGGAUGAAUCUACUUUGAAAUCGGAUUGUAUAAAAAUGAAGGUAGAACGAGAUGCAUUAACGAUGAAAGUUCAGCAACUGGAGAAUGAAAUAUUACAGUUCACAUUAAACGAAAAACCACGUACUCCCAAGACCUCCAAAAAGUUCAAAACUGAGGACCAAGACCCAAUGAAGUUAUUUAAGAAAAACAAACAUCCCAAAGAAGACAAGGAAAACAUAGGCAGUCCAAACAGAACACUUAAUAAUUCUAGCAGAAUCGAUUCUCCUCUGAGGGACAGAAAUUAAAAGUAAAAUAUAGAAGUUAUCCUGUUUUUAACAAAAAAUUUGGGUAAUAAAAUAUCGGCUAGAACUGACUACGAAUAAUGUCAUUGAAUAUUAGUAAAGAUACUAGAAUCUUUUAAAAAACUAUUCUUUUCUUUUUGAAGUAGAGUAGUACAAGUCUGUUGAUACUCCUCUAUAUUGAAAAGUUUUUUACACACCUCAAUCAAUUAGUUGACGCCAAUGAUUUUAAAAACUACAAGUAUAUGAAUGAAAACUGUUCAAUAAGUUUUACGAGUCGAUAAGAAACACACAAUUUUAUUAGUCCAGAAAGCCACUGCGCGUCCGCUAGGAAAAAUAUUCUGAUUCGGAUUUUUUGCACAAUCUUACUCAAAAAGGACUCCUUUUAACAAAUAAUUUGCAUGUUGCCAGGACCAAAAGGUGGUCAAAAAUUUUUUAAACGUUUGUUUUGCAUGGAAAAGGUUUUUUUUAGGUUUUUUGGAUCAUUCCAAACAGAAUAGGUCUUUAGUGACUUUUCUCUAAAAAUGAUAGUUUUUGACAUAUAAGCGAUUAAAAAUUGAAAAAUUGCGAAAUCGGCCAUUUUUAACCCUCAAAAACUAUGUGAAAAACUGAAAAUUUGAAUGUUGCCAAGGUAGCUAGAUAUUCUUUAAACAUCGAUUGAUGAAAUCCCGAACAGUUUUUGCAAUACAAUAUUCAAAACUCCUUUGUUUUUAAUUGCUAAUCAAGCGUGCGCGACACUAUUUUCCACCGACAGUAUGGUGCAAAUGAAAGGAAUAAAUUCGUUAUUUCAUAAACCGGCGACUUUAAGAAAAAAUCCCGAAACAGGUCGAUUUUUAUUUUUAAGUUAUGAUAUUGUGGCAUAUAUGGUAUACUAGUGACGUCAUCCGUCUGGGCGUGAUGACGUAAUCGAUGAUUUUUUUAAAUGAGAAUAGGGGUCGUGUGGUAGCUCAUUUGAAAAGUUCUUCAAUUCUCUAUUUAGUAAUGUAAACAUUUACAUAAUUAUUUAUACAGGGUGUCCUACUUCUUUUUUUGUCAAAUAAUUUAAUUUAAUAAAAAAUUUUUGGACACCGUGUAUAAAUAAUUAUGUAAAUGUUUAUAUUACUGAAUACAGAAUUGAAGAACGUUUCAAAUGAGCUAGCACACGACCCCUAUUCUCAUUAAAAAAAAUCGUCGAUUACGUCA